GUCUCUCACGAAUUGUCGCCUUCCACUUGUCUCACGGUCUCCGUCCCCAUCUCCCCCCUCCGCCGCAUCCGCCGCGCCGCCGGCGACGACCCCGUCGACAGAUCUUCACAGGCACCCUCCACCAUGUACCGAGCCGCCUCCGGCCUCGGCGCCCUCAAGCGGCAUGGGGCGGAUACCCAAAUGUUGGAUAUUGCGGUUAGGUCUGCUAGCACAAGUGUUGCACAGAGGUCAUCAGGCGGCUUCUUGGGCUGGCUGACAGGUGCACGUUCAAAUGCACUACCCCCUCCAGAUUUUGCACUCCCAGGAGUCACUAUUCCUCCUCCGCUAGCUGAUCAUGUGGAGCCUGGCAAGACAAAAGUCACAACACUACCUAAUGGUGUAAAAAUUGCCUCUGAAACAUCUCCAGGAUCAUCAUGUUCUGUUGGAGUUUAUGUUAACUGUGGGUCUGUAUAUGAAACACCUGAGACACUGGGUGCCACUCAGUUAUUAAAGAAGCUGGCCUUUACAACCACUAGAAACAGGAGCCAGUUGCGUGUUGUUCGUGAAAUUGGUGCAAUAGGUGGCAAUGCGAAAGUGUCAGCCAACCGUGAGCUCAUGAGCUACAGUUAUGGAGCCCUUAAGACUUACAUGCCUGAAAUGGUGGAAGUGCUAGUUGAUUGUGUGCGGAAUCCAGCUUUACUUGAUUGGGAAGUCAAGGAAGAGAUAAUGAAACUAAAGGCAGAGCUUGCAGAAGCUUCAAGUAAUCCGGAAGCUUUCCUUUUGGAUGCUCUUCAUUCCAGUGGCUAUUCUGGUGCCUUGGCAAACCCAUUGAUUGCCUCAGAGUCUUCAAUUAGCAGAUUAAAUACAGAUGUUCUGGAAGAAUUUCUUGCCUUAAACUACACUUCCCCGCGAAUUGUUCUAGCUGCAUCUGGUGUGGACCACGAUGAACUUGUAUCCAUUGCUGAACCACUCCUGUCUGAUAUUCGUACCGCAACUGGAACAGUAAAGCCAAAAUCUGUCUAUGUUGGUGGAGAAUAUAGACGUGCAGCAGAUUCAUCGAACACAGAUCUUGCUUUGGCAUUUGAGCUCCCAGGUGGAUGGCUGAAAGAAAAAGAAUUUGCUACUGCAUCUGUUCUUCAGGCACUUCUGGGUGGUGGUGGUGUGUUUACCUGGGGAAGACCUGGAAAAGGCUUGCAUUCACGCCUGAACCCCCUCGUAAAUGAAUUUGACGAAAUCAAGUCGAUCUCCGCUUUCAAAAAUGUUCACAGUAACACCGGCAUUUUUGGAAUUCAUGCAUCGACUGAUGCAGCAUUUGUUCCUAAAGUUAUUGACUUGGCAGCCAGAGAACUCACUUCCCUCGCGACCCCUGGUCAAGUUGACCAAACCCAACUGGACCGUGCUAAAGCAUCUGCAAAAUCAGUUAUCUUGAGGAACCUGGAAUCAAAGGCAUCAACAACUGAAGACAUGGGGCGCCAAGCAUUGGCAUUUGGUGAAAGGAAACCUGUGGAGCAGCUUCUAAAGGCUGUUGAUGCUAUAACUCUGGCAGAUGUAUCAACUGUUGCUGCGAAGAUCAUCUCAUCACCAUUGACAAUGGCAUCUCAUGGAAACGUUCUCAGCGUACCAGCCUAUGAGACAGUGCGUGGCAAGUUCAGCUCGAAAUGAGGAGGCUUCUGAACAAGUUAACUGUUCAUAUUUUUUCUUCAAGAUCAUCUGUGGUCACAUUUUUCACAAGAAAAAUAAGAUGCAUACAAUUUUGGUCAUUAACUCCUCUACACUGGGACAACUUUGGGAUCUUAUUUUUUUGCCUCGUGUAUCCACCUGAGUUUGGUGGUGUGAUGUUGUUCUCUUGAGAUAUGUUACUGUAAAUUCAGUGAAAUCAUGCAUGGGUGGCCCUCUUUCGGUGGCAGUCCGGAAGGGUGUACAAAAUGUUCCUCCACUUUUUUUGGUUAAAGUCGUUGAAACUAGUGCUGGGGCAAGGAAAUGAAUAAAGAUUCAAUAUGACGGUGAAA